AUGGCGCAGAAAGCACCUCCCCCAGCUAAGCUAGCAAGAGAAAAGGAUCAUCCUCCACCGCCGCCUAGUGAGGUACCAGAACCACCAUGUUCAGACCGAAAGAAUGGUUCCAUAUAUAAGACCGGCCGCUGCCUUGGAAAAGGAGGAUUUGCUAUUUGUUACGAGGGUCAACUCAAAGGGACAAGGAAGAAGUACGCUUUGAAGAUUGUCAAAAGCCACAUGUCACAAAAGAAAAUGGAGCAGAAGAAGAGAAAAUACCUCACGGAGCCGGAGGUUCGUUUCUACACUGUUCAGAUCGCUGGAGCUAUCAAAUAUAUGCAUGCGAGAGGUAUAAUACACCGUGAUCUGAAGAUGGGAAAUAUAUUUUUAGAUAAGGAUAUGAAUGUGAAAAUUGGUGAUUUCGGCCUUGCAGCAUUGCUCAUGUCGAAUAAGGACAUGGCCGCAUGUCGGAGGACAACUUUGUGUGGAACUCCCAAUUAUAUUGCGCCUGAGAUUCUAUCCAAGAACAAUGGUGGGCACGAUCAUGCCGUUGACAUAUGGAGCUUGGGUAUCAUUAUUUUUGCUAUGCUUACCGGGAAACCACCAUUUCAGUCCGCUACAGCUGAUGAGAUUUAUCGACGAGCCAAGGAAAGAGAAUACACCUGGCCACAACACUUCGUUGCUGCCAACAUGAUUUCACCUGAAAUUCAAGAUUUGGUUUCCACCAUGCUACAGGACGCAGAAGAGCGACCUCAUCCAGAUGUCAUCGUUCAGCAUCCAUUUUUUACCUGCGGUUGGAUGCCCCAGGUUGAAGAGAUGAGCGCUGAUUUACUAGAGGAUCCUCCUAGGCCCGAUCAAUUCCCGUCGGUCGUUAUCAAACCUGGAAGGCCAAAUCCGUAUGCUCGAAGUCUUAAGAAAUUAUGUAUCAAGUGCGAAGUUGGUCCUUGGACUCCAAAGAAGCAGUACACCAGUCUAUAUAAGGAAUGCGCUUUAGAGGAGAAAGCCGGCCUCACUCCUCAUGUACCUCUAGCCGAGGAUAUUGUCUACCGUCCAUAUGCAGAAUGGAUCAGAGAGCAAAAUGAGCAAAACAUCGAAGAGAAAACUGCAAUAGAGCCGGAGGUGUCUAGUACGGUUGUCGAAUCACUCAUUGCAGACAUUGCAGAGUCGACCCUUGCGCCACUAGCUAAGAAGCCAAUAUCACAAAGAACAGUUUCCCAAAGGGCUGUUAGUCAGAGUUUUGCCGCGCAGCAACGCGUCAAAGAUCAGCCCUCAAAUACUGCUACAAUUAGAGGUGCCCUUCCUCGACGACCUAACCAGAGAGAAGCUAAGCUUAGAGAGACACCCACUAACACGAUUACGGAGAUCAAGCCCCGUGGCAUUCUUAAGACGAAGGCUAUUCCAUCUGUUCCCCAAAUCUCUUCCGAAGCUGAAGGACGCCUUGCUGCUGAUCUGGUGGACGAAUUGAAAAAGGCUGACGAAGAACGAAAAACACAAGAACUAAAGAAGCAGCAUUCUACGAAGAAAGUUGUUUCGUUAUUCUCGCCUCAAGAGAAGUUGGAGUGGCUGCCAGGCAGUAAACCAGAUCACAUCCUUGAAGGCCUACAACGCCUUCAGGUAGAGCUAGAUCGAGCUUUAAACAGUAGAUCAAUCGCACCCACUCCCAAAUCUAGGCCAGCGACACCUGCUAUAGUCGUCAAGUGGGUAGAUUAUACCAACAAAUAUGGGCUUGGAUAUAUUCUCAGCAACGGAAGCGUAGGUUGCGUCUUUAGGGAGACGCCUGCUGGUUCUCCGGAAAGUGAGGAUAACGUCAUUGCUCCGUCUUGCAUUGUCAUUCGUGACGGAGAGAGGCAUCUAGCAAACCGAACCAACAAAUCAUACGUACAUAGGCAUCAGAUUAUCCCAAUCUCAGGUCCAAAUGUCGAAUUCUAUGAAAGUAAGGGUGAGAGGGGAAUGCUUCGUGGCUCGGUACCUGCAAAGACUUAUAGAGUUACUGAAAGUACUGAGGGUCGGCCUGGGAGACUUCCUCUGGGAGUAGAUGCAUUUGAUAAUCGCAAACGGGAGAAGAUAUGUUUGUGGAAAAAAUUUGGUAACUAUAUGUUCGCAUAUGGUAGAGACGCCGAGUAUCCUUACGAAUCAUGGACAGCCGGUCAGAACCCUGAAGCUACUGUGAACGGUACAGUUAUCACUUUUUAUCAACGAUGGGGUGACGUCGGUUGUUGGGGAUUUAGUGACGGCCAUUUUCAAUUUAAUUUCCCGGAUCAUACUAAAGUCGUUCUUUCGGCAGAUGGAUUUUGGUGUGAUUUCUAUCACCUUUCUUUCGAAUGUGCACGAGAGCUUACUGAGAAGGGCACGCUUCCAUCAACUGCUCUCGAUGAGCGACAACACCUUUCCUAUCCACUUCAAACACUUCUGAACUUCAUGGCAAAACCAACGAGGACAGCAAAACCCACAAUACGCAAACGUCCUGAAAUUGAUCCAAUGAUCCAAGGUCUUCCCCAGGCGAAUGACUUUAGAAGAAAGGUUGAAUUCAUCAGAUGUGCAGUCAAAGAGUGGGUACAUAAUGGUGGUCUAGGAAUCAGUGACAUGGAACCUAAGACACGUUUACGAUGGAUGGGAUAUCGAGAAAUUUAUGAUGAUAAGAAGCUCAAGCAUGUCUGGACAACGGUUGGGGGGCGCAAUGGGGAUGAGAGACGAGUUGCAUGGUACGAUCCUCGCAAACCGCAGGAGGUCAUUUUUGACGCCGAAGUUAAUGGAGUCAUGGUUGAAUGA